AUGAGCGAAUCGCCUUCCGUAGACAGCGACACUGCCGCCCCCACGCCUCUGAUACUGGACGAUAUCGAUGCACAAGCACCCGACUUUGGCAAAGAGGCUCUAUUUCUUCUCAAGAAGCUGGAGAUAGUUACCAUGCACUUCGAAGCCGACCGUAGAGUGAAAGAGGCUAAACGCCUCUCGGCCGCCGGCGAGAUCGAGAAUCUCCGCCAAGAAGUCGCCGGCCUGAAGCUCAAGAUCGCCAACCUACAAGAAGAGACCACCAUCACGAAGAUGAAGGUGCGGGCCAUGGAAUGUUGGGCGGCCGGCUUGAAGCAUGCGGCGCAGGCUCCCCACUUUGGGCCCGAUGUCAACGACGGUAAGCCGCAGGCGCCCUGA